AAGCGUUUCAAUUCAUUAAUUGUCUAUAAAUAUACAUAAAAUAUUCUAAAAUGCCAUUUAUCGACCCAAUUACAGCCGCAUUGGGCCCUACGCUGGCCCAACUGAAACCCACCGAUGUCAUCGUUGGUGUAGUCACAGUGUUAGGUAUACAUACUACAAGACGACAAAAUGGCAGCUGAUCAAUUACAGGCUAUGCUUUAUAUACCAGUAUCAGCAGCAUAUAAUCUCUACUUUCAUUCGUUGGCUGGUUUUCCGGGACCAUUUCUAGCGCGGUCUGGUUUGAUUUGGCGGUUCUAUCAAUCACAGCGCGGACAAUUGCACUUGACUAUCCAGGAACUUCAUGCGAAAUAUGGGCCGGUGGUUCGAAUUUCGCCAAAUGAGUUGUACUUUUCUACCGUGGAGUCGUGGAAAGCGAUCUACGGCCACCGCACGAAUGGAGCACCAACUCCUAUUAAAAGCGACUUCUACGAUAUCUACGGCGCUGGGUUUGGUUCACUGUGUAUUGGAAGCGAACGAGACCCUCACAAACAUGGCAAGAUGCGUAAGAUGCUGUCUGCUGCCUUUGCAACCAAGUCGUUAGUGGACCAAGAGUACAUCAUCUCCGGUGCUGUCGACGACUUUGUACGGGCCAUGGAGACGGCUGGAUCCAAGGCCCAAGGAAUCAAUCUUACGAAAUGGUUCGAAAUGAUUGCUUUUGAUGUACUCGGUGAAAUGGCUUUUGGAUAA